AUGACCCAUCUGGUAGACCCCAGUGGUGGACCAGCUGCGCCAGGUGCGUCUGUGCGCAUGUUCGUGUUUCCGGUCCCAGCUGGUGGUUAGGGUUAUGGUUGGCUGAAUGAAGGCAAACGAGCCCGAAACAGUGCUGUAUCAAUCUACCCCCCAGACUCUGUCGUAUCCGCUCUGCUAUCAUAGCUUGGCCGACUUCGACCUGGUAGGUGGUUGCCUGUUCGUGACCCCUAUCGCCCAUACGAAGUUUGUUUGCUUCGGGAAGCCAAUGGAUCGGUGUGCGCCCAUUCCUGAGUGAAUAUAUAUAUUUCGAAAGAAAUAAGCUCUUUGGGAAAGAUUAACAAGUUUUAUUGUAAAUUUUCGAUCUUGGUUCCCCAAGUCCUCUUCAGACGUGAAGUAAGUGUGCAAAACAGUCAACAUUUAAACAUGCCGAAAAAAUUGAUUUUGCCUUGUCAUUCCUGCUGGUGCAUCGUUCUGAUUGGUUAAUGCCUUUUCCACUUUUCCUUGAGGCUGUUGUACACCGCAUCUAAUUCUACGUAUCGGUUGAUGCAUGAAUUAUCAGAAUGGAUGGCCUCUAAAAAUUCACGGCCCUUUUUAGAUGAACAUUUACAUUCAGCCCUAUCUCCUCCAGCAAACAUGUGCUCGCUGUUUCCAUUGCAAUCGUGACAGACGAAACGUGCCAUGCAGCUUGGUGCACGUGGCAGCAUAAGGUCGUGCGUGGCACAUCACUGCAAUCCUCACGACAGUAAAUCUGACGGGUUUGAAUGUACUACGGCGCGACAAAAGCCGUGGCUUGGAAGUUUGCGAACUGACGGAAUAAUUCGGUCCUCCGUAGGACCGCGACUCAGCCUGUAAUGACUUUUUCAAUGUGGUCUUUGUGAGACUCCCACCGAUCAGAAGGUCGAGUCGCCCUUACUGGCAUACCCUGAGGGGACCAGAUCAUGAACGUGGCACGCGUAGACAGGUUCUUUAGGUCCGUCAGUCACUGCACCAGCGUCCAUCCCUGAUGGUCUUGACUCUUUGCUGUUACCAGAGCAGAGUGCAGAACUCAUGAAACACUGAUUAACAUUAUUAGAUUAGAUUGGGAAUCCGGGAGACCGCUUCAACGAGGCUUCGGCAAUGACUGGCAUGAGAUGCAACCGCAGGCUGAUUCAUGCGUCGCAACAGGGCAGUUUUUAGUUGAGAGCCCUAGCAGCCACCUGCGGCUUCUUGACGCUCAUGAUACAAUGCAAAAGAAAUGGAUCACUGGAAUGGAAGCACAGUGACUUAACUGGAAUUUCCAAUCAGUUUAUCUAUCGUGGAUAGGUGACUGCCUACCAAACUGCGCAAAUACCUAAAGAAAUACCACAAAGGCAAUAUUUUGUAAAGGCUAACGUAUGCUCUUCCCCCGACAUUUCGACUGUCGUUGUCGAUGGUGUUCACCGUGUGAUCCACAACAAGGUGACUUGUGCGCGAUUUAGUUUCUAGUGAAUGUAGGCUUGCACAGCAUCUACCGCACUCUCUCCUCCCCCACCUGGACCCGGUGUCAAGAUAGAGUCAAGAAAACCGGAGGCGGGGGAGGGCGCAGUUGAAUGGCACGGUCGAGCCUGUACCUUGUCGCUCCACUCCACACCCCCUGGUCCACACAACAGAUUACCAGGUUUUCGACCAACAACAACAACAAUGGGGGGAGGGCGACAGGGGUCCCAGCGUGCGCGACGUCUGCCGGUUACCGACUGUGCCGCCGCAACCCGAAAUGUCGGAAUUCGUUAUGGUGGGCAUUCCGAUAACGCCUGCCAGAAUCCGAUAUGGCCCGCGUGUUGGUCCAGCGUAUCUACCUAGUGGCUCGUUUGGGGGAGCAAGAGAGAUGUCAACAACGCCCCGAUAUUCCCAGCCGGCCACCCAUGCAAGUACUAACCGGACCCAACGUACUUCGGUGAUUGGACGAGAACCGGUGCUUUCUACGUGGUAUGGUCGUUGACACUCUUCCCCGAAAUAUAACAAUCAAACAGAGUGGAAUUCCCCGAAAAACUAAUGUAAGAAGUAAAGUUUCAGCAUACCCUUCGAGGAUUGUUGCGUCUACUUGGAAAGGCCAGUAUCCUUCCGCCCAAUCUGCUCGAAAAAAAUCUGCCAAAAAACGUCAACAGGAAGAUAUUACAUGCAUGGAAACAAAGUUUCACCGUGCCUGUCUUUCCGGAUGCUUGCAGACGCCUGUGCUUAGAGGUCGACUGUCAAACUGCUUGUCUAUCAAAUGUGUGACCUGUGUAUACACGAGCGUGAGACAGUUUGAUCCAAUCUGUGGGCUCACCCUGUUCGUGUUUUUCCAUCCGCUUUGGGAUUAAGGGUUCGCCUUAAGGAGGUCUAGGUAACCAAUGGCAUCGCAUAGCGAUCACAAGUCUCUGACAUAAUAACUAUUCGGCAAAGCGGCGGCAUGAGCUCACGCAAAUAAGCCGUUUCACAGGCCUCCUUGAAGGGGAGACGCAAUUGCCGGCAUGAACUGUUAGCGGUCAGAUGUUAGAGUGGAAUUUGCCUCAGUCUGGUUGAGGCAGCACCACAAGUACGGCGCGUGCGAGGCAGGGUGGAGGGCGUUCGACUAGGUGCCUGGCCGGCCAUAACGUCCGACCUCAUAUCCUGCCUUCCUGGGCGUAGAACACGAGAGGAGGAGGAGGGGGGGGGGGAGGAGACGGCCGAGUAAGGCCAAUGUUACGAAGGCCACCUCGCUGGUAAUUCGGAGCACGCGAAAGUUGCUGCUGCCUCAAACCCCCACCUCCCUGUUCCGCCCUGCUGGUUCUCGUCGAUCGCGAUGGACGACGACUCGCUGAACUGCCGUGUGCAGUGGGGCAUUUUUAGCAGUGUGUGUCUGUGCGUGUGUGUAUGCGUGUGUUCAUCUACCACUGCCUGGGUAAGCGUGUGUCUCUCCGGCGUUCCUGGUUAGCCAGGCACUCGAGAGCUAACCUCUGUUAUGAUACACCGAAUAGGGUUAAAAAUGGAAACGACAAAGAUUCACAUCUGCGAACUGUUUGUCUACACCGCUGAGGGCUUGGUAGUUUUAAACUGACGACCGAAGCGAGUAAGGAGCUCGUCUUUGGUGACUCGGUGGUCAACCAGCGGACAAGCAUUUCGACUUCUGGUCCGGACUCAAAGUUAAUUUUUGCACUGAAACGAAGAUCCUGUCGGUAGCAAAAACUUGAUUGUCUUCUAGUCCGAGCAAAGACAUCAGACAGAAUGGUAUUGCCGUGAAAGACAAGAGAGACUGGAAUGGCCGCUUCUGGCUUACUAGGCGUCGUCGGCCAGUCGUACCCGACCCCGAAGUGUGGAACAUCUGGGGCUCGAAGUCGCGAGCUGUUAGUUAGAAGUCCAAUGCCUCUUUCUGUAUCCUGAUCCUGGUCAGAUGUGGUUAUGUAGACCCACCUAAAGUAAACAAACUCCAGCCACUUUUAAUGUGGGAGCGGUGGUAGUGGGGGUUUUUACAGGUGGAGUCGGGGAACGCACAGGCGACAAGGUCAGGUAAGUGUAUUCAAAGAAGAGCUAUUGGGAAUUCACGGUUAUACUUUGAGUGGUUGAAUAAUAGUUGCCCUAACCCUAAGCCCUAACCCCACCCCUAACCCUUAACCUAAGCCCUAAACCCUAACCCUGAAACAUCCAGUGCGAAAGUUAGAAAGUCAAGAAGGACCACCGGUAUUGGUCCAAAAAAUAGACACGACAACAAAGAAACAAGGCCGCCAAUAGAACACACACCGCAACGCACAGAAACUCUAUGUCAUCGUAAUCACACCCCCUCGAAAUACUUAAAUAGGUCAACCGUAUUGUGCCCAUCAGGUGCGGCUACAUAACCACAGUUUACUCAUUCAUUCGUGCUUGCAGAAGUUGGCCGGUUUCUCCAACGUAAUUGCACACCCCGCAGCCGCACUGAAGGCGGUGGACAACGGCCAAAUUCACUUCUUUAGGGUUUGAAUAGUCAAAAUCGUCAUUCGAAACGUCAGACCCAAAAUAAACCAUUCCUGAUGAACGACCCUUUUUCUUUUGACCGCCCAAAUGGAAAUCGCAUUUUCUUUUCCACUGAUAUCGCUUUUUCCCUGCUUUACAAGGUUGAGGAAAAUUAUGCCCUUGCCCAGCGGUGUGGUUUCCCUGGGCUCGGCUGAUGCGUCCUUUUGGAAUGAACCAUCGGUUGUGUGUAGUCACUCAAAGAUGAGGAUAUUGGGCCCCUAAACGAGCGCGCUCUGUCGAUCACUGCAGUGCUAAAUCUCGUGUUGGUGGCUGUGUGGAAAGCGCACCGUUUUAUAAAGUUAAAGGCAUUUUUCAGUUCAAUCCCCUAGUUCCAUUCCGGAAGAUCUGCUUAGAUUUCCAUAGGGCAAAAUAAUGAAUGUCGGCAGACGCCAAAGCACUUUUCCUCAUAAUAUUCUUCUCUUUGUACGUCGAAACCGGGGUGUAGAGGUGUCAGCGGUGGGUUCACGUAAUGGUCGUGGUGGUCGCUCACUUGCUUACAGGUGAGACUGCGCCUAGCGUCCAUUUGCUGGCACUCAACUCUCACCUGUGGCUCCACGUAGCUGGACUCUGCACAGCGGCCACACCCCGGGCAACCGUGUCGACCGGCCGGCUAAACCAGGUGAGGGGGCCCUGUGCGCUGUGCCGUGUGCACAGGGUUUGCGGAUUCCGCUGGAUGGAAGGUCGGGUGGAACCUUGCGUCGGCACCAUCGUGACGUGGUUCGUCUCUGCACGCCGCUGGACAGCCGGUGACGGGAUGGAUCUCCACAUCGACAUCGCCUUGACGCGCCCACCUACGCCGUCGGAGACUGCGGCCUACGGCGAAUUCGAGUCGCUCUCCACCACAGCCUGAAGUCGUGUUCCCAUAGUGGAGUUCGGCCGUGCCACAACGGCACAUGGCAGCCCUAUUAAGGGAUGGCACUGCCAGCCCCCACGAGGGAAGGGCCUCGAAAAGCUGGCCUAAACAUUGCUGGGUACCACGCCGUCUCCAGGCUAGCCAGGGCUGCAGACAUCUUAUCAUGGUCGAAACAAUCAAAAUCGAAACAACAACAAUACCAAUAACAACAACAACCAUACUCAUUCUCCUCAUCCUACCUCUUCUUCCUCUUCCUCUGCCUAUUCUUCUCCUUCGUCACCUUCUUCUCCAUCUCCUUCCCGUCGCCCCACUCGCUGUCACCAGACUGACAGGGUGAGCCCGCUCACUCUGGCAGCCUGGAAUGUUCGUUCCCUUUUAGACAAUCCGAGGAGCAACCGACCGGAACGGAGGACGGCGCUUGUGGCACGAGAACUGGCGUGCUACAAGGUGAACAUCGCCGCACUCAGCGAGACCCGAUUCUCCGAACAAGGCCAACUGGAGGAGGUGGGUACCGGCUACACCUUCUUCUGGAGCGGUCGACCCAGGGCAGAGCGACGGGACGCGGGUGUCGCCUUCGCCAUUCGGAACGACAUCGUGAGACGACUGCCCUGUUUGCCGCAGGGCAUCAACGAUCGCCUGAUGAUCCUCCGUCUGCCUCUCCGGGGUGGGGGCAAAGUCGCCACCAUCAUCAGCGCCUACGCUCCGACGAUGACCAACCCCGACGCCGUCAGAGACAAAUUCUACGAGGACCUGCACGCCCUCAUGGCGACUGUGUCGAAGGCGGACAAGUUGAUUGUCCUUGGUGACUUCAACGCCCGCGUCGGCACGGACCAUACUGCCUGGAAAGGAGUGCUGGGUCCCCACGGUCUCCGCGGCUCAAACGACAAUGGUCUGCUGCUUCUCCGCACCUGCGCAGAACACCGCCUCAUCCUGACGAACACGUUCUUCUGUCUGCCGGAGCGAGAGAAGGCCACCUGGAGGCAUCCUCGGUCGCGCCAGUGGCACCUACUGGACUAUGUCCUCGUCUGGAGGCGAGAUCAGCGGGACGUGCUGGUGACGAAGGCGAUCGCAAGUCCGACCAUCGUCUCGUCAUCUCGAAGAUGCGUAUUCGUCUACAGCCUCGCAGGAGACCUCAAGGUAAGCGACCCCCAGGUAAGCUGAAUGUUGCCUUGUUGUCUUUGCCCGCUCACCAUCUUCAUUUCAGCAAUGAGCUAGCUCAACGGCUAGACAACCUCCCCAUCGCCGAUGCCACCGCUGCCGAGAACGCCUCCGUGGAGAACCGCUGGUGUCAACUGCGAGACACGGUCCAGUGGACGGCGCUCGCCGUCCUCGGUCGCGCUCCCCGCCAACACCAGGACUUGUUCGACGACAACGACGCCGCCAUCAGAAAUCUGCUUGCUGAGAAGAACCGCCUACACAAAGCCUACGUAGAUCACCCCACUGAUGCCAGCAAAGUUGCCUUCUACCGCAGUCGCCGACAGCUUCAGCAACGACUGCGCGAGAUGCAGGACGCCUGGACUGCUCGCAAAGCUGAGGAGAUCCAAGGGUACGCGGACCGCAACGAAUGGAAGAACUUCUUCUCCGCGAUCAAAGCUGUCUACGGUCCGCCGACGAAGGGCACCGCUCAUCUCCUCAGCGCCGACGGCAACACUCUCCUGACUGAGAAGACGCAAAUCCUGCAGCGAUGGGCCGAGCAUUUCCGAGGCGUCCUCAACCGCCCCUCCGUCAUCUCCGACGCCGCCAUCGAGCGUUUGCCGCAAGUGGAGACCAACGUGGACCUCGACCUCCCGCCAUCUCUCCAGGAGACCAUCAGGGCCGUGCAACAGCUCUCCAGCGGGAAAGCACCCGGAUCGGACGCAAUCCCUGCCGAGGUCUACAAGCACGGAGGUCCCCAACUCAUGGAUCACCUGACUGCGCUCUUCCAGGAGAUGUGGCGUCAAGGUGAAGUCCCGCAAGAUUUCAAGGACGUAACAAUCGUGCACCUAUACAAGCGCAAAGGGAAUCGCCAAGUCUGCGACAAUCACCGUGGCAUCUCCUUGCUGAACAUCGCCGGGAAGAUCUUCGCUCGCAUCCUUCUCAACCGCCUCAAUAACCACCUGGAAUAG